AUGUCGCUUCCAAAUGAAGAUGAUAUGUCUUCUUCCUCUGAUACUCAGAUUACGUCACAUAUUUUUGGGGAUCUCCUUGAUUCCAUUAUUGUUGAUGUUGCAUCUGAAUGUCAUCGAAUAGCGAAGUUGGGUCUUGAUCGUAAUUUUGAAGAAGAGGAAGAAGAACUAAGGCUGUCAGCCCAAGCACGGGUAAGGGUAGCUGAUCCUAGUAAUAGCGGUGAAGCAAAUAGCAAGUAUGUGGUUGACAUAUUUGGACAGAACCAUCCUUCUGUAGCCAAUGAAGUAUUUGAGUGCAUGAAUUGUGGUCGAGCUAUCAUGGCUGGGAGGUUCGCUCCUCAUCUGGAGAAGUGUAUGGGAAAGGGUAGAAAGGCUCGUCCCAAAGUGACAAGAAGUAGUACAGCUGCACAGACCCGGCAGUCACGAGGCAACCCUGCUUCCACAUACUCCACUUAUUCCAAUUCCAACAGCACAAGCCGGUUAUCAAAUGGAACAUCCGGUGUUGCAGGGGAGGAGUAUUCAAAUGGUGCAUUGGAAGAGCCAUAA